UCUUGAUGAAAUUGUUUCUUGUCUGAAACUCACGUCCUCUCCUCAAUCCUCCUCCCAUUUCCUCAACCUUCAACUUUCUAUGCAAACCUCAUUCCCAUAACCCCUUUUUCCAUUCAUUCUUCCCACAACUCCCAUUAAAUCUGUAAAUUCUCCUCUCCAUUUUCCCCCCACUUUCUUAUUUUCUCCCUUCCUUCCCUACCAUCAUUACUUUUUCACCUUCUCUUUUUUCAUGCAAUUGGUUUACCUGCUCUCGCUCCACAUCUUUUCCAUACAUUAAUCUUUCCUGGAUUAGAGUGAUGACAACCUUGAUCCAUGUUCUCAUUAUAGAGUGUGAAAAAUGUGAUUCAUUGUUGCAUGAACUAGUUUUUGACCUCUAGAGUAAUAUGGAAAAGGAAGAGCUAGACGAGACUAAUGGGGCAAGUCCUCCAUAUGUUGGAAAGCCAAAAGGAGAUGGUUUUCUUGUUCAAGAUGAAGAUUUGGAAAAGCAAUCAAAGGGGGUGGAGGGUUUGAAGGAUGACGCUAAGCUUCUCGAUGAGGAAGAUGAUGUGUUGGAAAACAAGAUAAGUUCUCAUGCUGUUGAAAAGGUAGAAGUAGAUUCUUCAAAUAUUCAGAAUGAAGAUCACAACAUAUCAAGGGAGGUGGAAAUUGAAAAUAUUGGUCAUGGUGGCCUUGAGUUUGACAAUGAACAAGAUGAUGUGUUAGACAAAGUAAGUUCUCCUGCUGUUGAAAAGAUGGAAGGAGAUGCUUUUACGAUUCAAUAUGAAGAUCAUGACAAUGAAUCAAAUGCUAUGGAAAUUCAACAUGUUGGUCAUGAUGGCCCUGAGUUUGACAAAGAGCUAGAUGAUAUAUCAGACAAGAUGGAUGAGGUCAAGUUUGACAAUGAACAAGAUUAUGUGUCAGACAAAGUGAAGUCUCAUGCUGUUGAAAAGCUGGAAGGAGAUGCUUUUACCAUUCAAAAUGAAGAUCAUAACAAGGAAUCAAAGGAUAUGGAAAUUCAACAUGUUGGUCAUGAUGGUUCUGAGUUUGACAAAGAGGCAGAUGAUAUAUCAGACAAGAUGGAUAAGGUGAAGUUUGACAAUGAACAAGAAGAUGUGUCAUACAAAGUGACUUCUCAUGCUGUUGAAAAGCUGGAAGGAGAAGCUUUUACCAUUCAAAAUGAAGAUCAUGACAUGGAAUUGAAGGAUAUUGAAAUUCAACAUGUUGGUCAUGAUGGUUCUGAGUUUGACAAAGAGCCAGAUGAUAUAUCAGGCAAGAUGGAUAAGGUGAAGUUUAGCAAUGAACAAGAUGGUGUGUCAGACAAAGUGACUUCUCAUGCUGUUGAAAAGCUGGAAGGAGAAGCUUUUACCAUUCAAAAUGAAGAUCAUGACAUGGAAUUGAAGGAUAUUGAAAUUCAACAUGUGGGUCAUGAUGGUUCUGAGUUUGACAAAGAGCCAGAUGAUAUAUCAGACAAGAUGGAUGAGGUGAAGUUUGGCAAUGAACAAGAUGAUGUGUCAGACAAAGUGAAUUCUCAUGCUGUUGAAAAGAUGGAAGGAGAUGCUUUUGCCAUUCAAAAUGAAGAUCAUAACAAGGAAUCAAAGGAUAUGGAAAUUCAACAUGUUGGUUAUGAUGGCUCUGAGUUUGACAAAGAGCUAGAUGAUAUAUCAGACAAGAUGGAUGAGAUGAAAGAUGUAAAGUUGAGUACGCGCGAGGAGAUGAUAGACAAUAUGAUUGGAGAAUCUGAGUUCGCUCAGAGGGUAGAUGAGAGUAUGGAUUUGCAGCGUGGACCUCAGGAAGAAAACUUGGAGGCUAGUAGUAGUAUUGUUCCUGGUGAAUCAUUUCAUGAGGUACUUGAGAGUAUUUCCUUGAACUCUGAAAUUCAAGCCAAUGAUGACAGAAAAGAGUAUUCUGGUGCUAACAUUGACAACAAUGGAGAUUUUGAGUCUAAAAGUCAAGAGGUGCAUUUAGAUAAUAAUUUCACACAUAAUGACAUGGGUGAAGAGAAUGAUAACACUUCUAAUGAGGAUAGAAAUUCAGAACUUGUAUUUGAUGGAAAAGAGGUUCUUGGUGUGGAAGCUAGUCAAGGGACACUUGCAGAUGUUUUGUAUGCUGAACCAGAGACUCCACGUGUGGUUGAGCGAGCUGUAGCUCUUACAAACUUUGUUAGGGUGAAAAGUGUGGCAGUAGUCUCCACUAUGCUCCGUCGAAUUUCUGGAAAAAUAGGUGAAGAUUCUGUGUGUAAUUAUGAUGAUGUAGGUAAGGAUGUUUCAAAUUUACACAGUGAGAGUGAACCCAAGGAUGUUUCUAAAAAGGAAGUGGAGAAAGCAACUUUGAACCCCCUAAAUCAGAGGGAGGAUCCAAUAAAUGAAGGUCCACCAAAACCUAUAGCCAUGAAAGGACGUAUUAUAUUGUACACAAGACUAGGGUGCCAAGAAUCUAAAAAGGUUAGACAAUUUUUGUAUAUGAAAAGACUUAGAUAUGUUGAAAUCAACAUUGAUGUAUACCCUGGUAGAAAGACAGAGUUGGAGAACAUGUCUGGAUCUACUUCUGUUCCUAAGGUUUUUUUCAAUGAGAUACUUAUUGGAGGCUUAACUGAGCUAAAAACCUUAAAUGAAUCUGGCAAGCUUGAUGAGAAGAUUGACUUUCUAAUUACUGAACCACCAUCAUUUGAAGGGCCAUUUCCACCCCUUUCUGGAGAGGAUGAUAUGUCCAGUAGUGGGGCACUUGAUGAAAUGGCUCUAAUUGCGCGGAAAAUGAAAGAAUCUAUUGUUGUGAAGGACAGAUUUAGCAAAAUGCGAAGAUUCACUAACUGUUUUCUUGGCUCUGAAGCUGUGGAUUUCUUAUCAGAAGAUCAAUAUUUAGAAAGGAAAGAGGCUGUCGAGUUUGGACGAAAGCUUGCUAGCAAACUCUUCUUUCAGCAUGUUCUUGAUGAGAAUCUAUUUGAGGAUGGUAAUCACUUGUAUCGGUUUUUGGAUGACGACCCAAUUGUAGCAUCUCAGUGUCACAACAUCCCAAGGGGGAUAAUUACUGUGAAACCUAAACCUAUAACUGAAAUUGCAUCAAGGCUGAGAUUUUUGUCAUAUGCAAUGUUUGAAGCCUAUGCCUCUGAAGACGGACGACAUGUCGAUUAUAGAAGUAUGCACGGCAGUGAGGAGUUUGCAAGGUAUCUAAGAGUGGUAGAAGAGCUACAAAGAGUGGAAAUAUUGAAUAUGUCUAGAGAAGAGAGGCUUGCUUUCUUUAUUAAUCUUUAUAAUAUGAUGACUAUUCAUGCAAUCUUAAUAUGGGGUCAUCCAGCUGGAGCACUUGAAAGGAGGAAAUUGUUUGGAGACUUCAAAUAUGUUAUUAGUGGGUGCACCUACUCACUUUCAGCUAUUCAAAAUGGCAUUUUGAGGGGCAACCAACGACCACCGUAUAGCCUCAUGAAGCCAUUUGGUGCAAAAGAUAAACGUGCCAAAGUGGCCCUAUCUUUCUGUGAGCCCCUUAUUCAUUUUGCUCUAGUAUGCGGUACUCGAUCUGGGCCUGCACUGCGAUGUUAUUCUCCUGGGGAAAUAGACAAAGAACUAAUGGAUGCAGCCCGUAAUGUCUUAAGAAGUGGAGGCCUUUUAAUAGAUUUUACAACAAAGGUUGCAAAUGCCAGUAAGAUCCUUAAAUGGUUUAGUGUAGAUUUUGGCAAGAAUGAGAUAGAGGUAAUGAAGCAUGUCUCAAUCUACUUAGAUCCAGCUGACCUUGAAUUAUUGUUGGACUUGCUUGCCUCUUCUGAGUUAAAGGUGACAUAUCAGCCUUAUGACUGGGGUUUGAACUGCUAGUGUGUUAUGUCGAACUUUUAUAAAUAUGGACACCUAUAUUCACACUAAUUAAUUCCAAUUACACAAAUUAGGAUUUUGGUAACCAAUACCAAAUGUUAAUAUUUCUUACUUUAAUUUUUCAUACACCUCUAUUGAAAGGUAAACGAUGUGGGCAAACAGGUCACUUUUGAUGGCCCAUCAAAUGUUCUCUGAACUUUUGUGUAUAGUGACUUUACUGAGCAAUGCAUUUUUAUACUGACUUUUCUUUUGUUGGUGUUGGUUGGGCUCCUUGGUAGAGCCUCUUUGGGCUUUGAUCUAUAAAUCUUUGAACUAUGGACAAAAAAUGAA